UGUGUUGUAGUUUGAGUGAACCGGAUGGAGUUUCUCUGCGCCGGACAAACGGAGAUGUUUUGAAGAUAUUCUGGCCGCGCGGUGCCGAAAUGGGGGUGACGUGUGUGUGCCAGGUGCCGGUGGCGGAGGGGAAGAGUGUGCAGCAGACGGUGGAUCAGCUCCAUAAGAAGCUGGAGCAGCUGGGAGCCGUGAAGCAGGGCAGCUUCUUUGUGGACUGUGAGACGUAUCACGCAACAGGAAACGCCAGCGGUCAGCCGUCUAAGCUGCUGUAUGUGAUGCACAACUCGGAGACGCCGCUGAGCUGCAUGGCUCUGUUCGAGGGCGGACCGUAUCUGACCGCAGACGCCAACUUCGACGUCCUGAUGGUGAAGCUGAAGAGCCACUUCCAGAACGCCAAAGGUCACAAGGUUGAGAGCCGCGGCGCACGCUACCGAUACUGCGACUUCCUGGUGAAGGUCGGCACAGUGACCAUGAGCUCCAGCGCCAGAGGGAUCUCCGUGGAGGUGGAGUACUGUGCGUGUGUGGUUCCUGGAGAUUGCUGGAAUUUAAUGAAGGAGUUCAUGCAGAGUUUUCUGGGCUCAAACGUCCCUGAGAUUCCAUCUGUUUUCACCAGUAAACCUGAAGGCCUGUUCGCUCCAGCGGACUGCAUGGACACCAUGAGCCAGUACCUGGAGCUGUUCAGUAAAGUCAGAAAACAGCAGGUUCUGCCAGGGAGCAGCGUCCGAUAGAACCUGCAUCAACAAGGACUCAACGCCUGAGCGCCGCACAUGCUCUACAGACAGGCUGAAGACUCAAGCAGUGUGGCUUCAGUGUGAAUGCCAUACCAUACCAUACAAGUGGUUGUGCAGUAGGGGUGGCCGAUAUGGCAAACUAUUAUAUCACGAUACUUCAACAUUAUCACAAUGCACGAUAUGCAUCACAAUAUUUGGGUUUUCUGAGAUUUAAUAAGUUAUGAUUAUGCUCACUUUGUAUUGAAACGUGCGGUUAGUCAGUGCUCUUUAAGUACUGACGAUAUCCACAAUAUUCUCAGAAAAGCAUAUUGUGAGGUAAAUUAUCACGAUAAUGAUCAAAUUUUGUCAUAUUGCCCAGCCCUACUGUUCAGAAGGGAGUCUAAUGUGGAAGAAGAAACCACGAUGACCAUGCUAAACAAUGCAAGCAUUACAUUUCCCCUUUGUCAGUUGUAUAACUUCAAUAUAUCUUUUUGUCAUUAGUCAGAACAACAACUAGGGGAUGAUAUUCAUCAUUAUUGUGAUCAAUUACAUCACAUUACGUCACAUUAUGCUUUUCUAAGCAUAUCGUCAAUAUAUAAACACUGACCCAAGUAAAUGUUUUAUUACUAAUGCAGCAUAGUCUUGUUUUGGAUUGCUGAGUAUUAGAGAUGAAACAAAAAUCAUUGUACUUGUAUUUUUUGACAGUACUCUUUUUUUUUAAAUGUGGUACUUUUGUCCAAGUUAUCAAACCUGAGAAAAAUCACCUCAGCGUGUUGUGUAACUUGAAAUAUCAUGAUAAUUUUGCUGUAUCGCCCACCCCUAGCAACGAGGUAGCUUGAGCAUAGGGGU